UUUUUCACAUUUGCUGUCUGGUCACCCUAGCCCCGCCCCGCCUCAAGCAGCACACAGGCACGCUAGCUACAGGAGCCCUGUGCAACCCCCAGGGAGCUGCAGGGCCUUGGGGGUCCCCACUGCUGUGCCCGCAGCACUGGGGUCUGCCCUUCGCUGCAGAGACAGCGAUGGGGAGGCAGAAUAGUGCUCAAAAAUCACAAGCCAGGCUCCAAAUCCUAAGGCUGAGGCAGAGAUCUUCACUGAGGACAGGUUUGAUCUCCUGCACAGUCUACAUCAACUUUGAGGGCAUCCUUUUUGAGGAGAAAUUCAUGGUUGUCCUUUAACCUAACACCAUCAACAUGAUGAUUGACUCCAUCAAGAUCAACAGCCUGCGGAUGCUGGAGGACCUAUUGAGAGGCACCUCUUUCCCAUUGGCUACCACCUAUGAAGAGCUUUGCCCGUACUUACAGAGAAACCAUAUUCCGCAGCCCUUCCCUUCGCAGCGCCCAUAUGAAGGACAAUUUACUGUGAGAAGUAUAGUAUUGGAUGGUCUUGGAUCCUGCACUGUUUUGAGCCAGCACUUAUCCUCUUCAGGGUACUCCAGAGCUGGGGUUUCAAAAGACUCUUCCAUAGGAACAUGGGAAUUGUCAUUCCAGGGACAUCCUACGACGUAAGGGUUCAGCUGUGGAUGCUGCUAUUGCUGCUUUGGUCUGCACUUCCGUUUUGAACCCCCAGAGUAUGGGCCUGGGAGGAGGUGUCAUCUUUACCAUCUAUAAUGCAACUACAGGAGAGGUUGUUGUGAUUAACGCUCGUGAAAAAGCUCCAGAAAAUAUCAACCAAGACUUGUUAAAUCAAUGUAAUGGUUUACCUCUCCAAAUAGGGAGCCAGUGGAUUGCAGUCCCGGGGGAGCUUCGUGGAUAUGAAGAAGCCCACAGGCGCUAUGGCCGGUUGCCAUGGAAAUGGCUGUUUGAACCAACCAUCAAGCUCCUUACAAAUGGAAUCAGAAUGCCAGCAACGCUGAACAAAUUUCUCAGUCACCCGCUGUUACAGAGCUUUUUGAAAAAGUCAUCCUUGUGCCAGCAGUUCUGUAAGAAUGGUGUGGUCCUAAAACCUGAUGCAAUCAUCUCUUGGCCAGCCCUGUUGAAAACACUGAAGAAUGUAGCAGAGAAGGGAGCCAGAGAAUUUUAUGAGGGCAAGAUAGCAGAGGAUUUGGUGAAUGACAUAAAGAAUGAAAACGGCAGUCUGACGCUGAGGGACCUCAAGAAUUUCCGGGCAAAAGUGAUGACACCUCUGAAUAUUUCUCUGGGUGGAUACACAAUGUAUUCCCCUCCACCACCUGCUGGGGGUGCUGUUCUUCUCUUCAUCCUCAACAUACUGAAAGAGUUUAAAUUCACGCCAAAGUCCCUGGAGUCGACCAGUGGGAAGAUUGAGACCUACCAUCGGAUUGCAGAGGCCCUGAAGUUUGGCAAUGGGCAAAAGCCAAAACUGGAUGACCCGCAGUUCUCUGGCAUAGAGGAGGUGACUAUUCAGGAACUGUUGUCCAACUCCUUUGCUGAACUUGCCAGGAACCGUAUAGAUGACAGAGGUGACCAUCCAAACAGUUUUUACAAUCUGUCACAGACAAGCAACAUAGGCUACGGCACCGCCCACAUCUCCGUCCUCGCUGAAGAUGGCAAUGCUGUGUCUGUCACCAGCACUAUCAACCAGCCGUUUGGCUCAAUGGUAUAUUCCCCAAGCACUGGGAUCAUUUUAAAUAACGAGCUCGCUGACUUCUGCAAGAAGCCAAGAAACAAGAUCACUAGCGGAGAAAUACCUCCCUCUGCCAUGGUGCCUUCCAUUCUCGUCUCCAAAGAUGAUAACUCCAAGCUGGUGAUUGGAGGCUCAGGAGGGGACCUGAUUAUCAGUGCCACUGCCUUGGCAAUCAUGAACAAACUCUGGUUUGGCUAUGACCUGAAGCAUGCCAUCUCACUGCCAGUUCUCCAUGCUUCCACGGACAACUCCAUCCAGUUCGAGUCAGGCUUUGAAGAGGCUGUUAAGAAGGGACUGCUGCGCAGAGGACACCAUGAACAGAACCGCACCACGUUCCUAAAUGUUGUCCAGGGGAUUUCAAAGGAAGGAAGAUGCAUCUUUGCUUAUUCUGAUAAAAGGAAGCAGGGGGAGUCAUCUGGGUAUUAAGAACAAGUGCUGUAGCAAACAUUUUAUUCUAGCCAAAAAGACUAUGAAAUAACUGGGUCCAGAGCACCAGCUAUCCUGGAAGCACCCCUGACAUCUCCUGUACCAGUCGGACUUCUUGAAGCCACCUAGCAGAGAGUGUGGGUGAGACUCAUAGUAACAACUGACUCUCCAAUAUAUGACAAGCUACCUUCAAGCUGUUACAGGCACUAGUCAGCCAGUCUUGGCUAGAAUCAUACCCUCCAUUUAUUAUAUCUGCCAGCUGGGUCCAGAGGACAAAGGACCAGCACUUGUGUGAUAUAUAGAAAUAUAUUUUGUGAACAAAGCAGCUAUUUAGAAUAUGAAGCCAGAAAUCAGGAAUUAACCAAGCAGUGGGAAUUUGGAAAGCCCAGUGCCAGUGGGAGCUGCCCUCAGGAACCUGAAUCUAUCUUCCCUAGAGUCUGAAGAUCCUCAGAUAGGAGUGGGAGUGGUUUCUUUCUGGCUUUGGAAAACCCCUGACGUGUGAAUGUGCUUUCUGGCCACACCAUUCAUGGGAAAUAGGCAGCGAUGACAGACUUCUUUCUUUGCUCAGGUGUGUUUCAGCACCAACGAGUUGCACAGCAGAGCUGCAAGAUACAGCUUUGCAUGGACACACAAUAAGGGAAUGAGUCUAACAACAUUUUGUCUAGCUUUUGCCUGUCCCAGGGGUAUCAUUUGAAAUUAGUAUUAGCACAAAACUGGUCUAUGUACUACAGCGUCUGUUGCGGCAGUCAGCUACUAUAGGAACGAGGGCCACCUCUGUAGCAGCACUGAAGGUUUCUUAGGCCCUACCUAAGCGGGAGUCGCUAUAAAUGAGCUGUGCAAAGCGUGACUGUGCAUAAGUGUGGAUAAUGUGAAUUCUCUUCUCCUUUGGAAGGAACUGAUGAUAUAUUAUAAUCUUCCAGUCUUACACCUCUCCCCUGGGGGCAGGGAACCCUAAGCCUUCGCCAAAUUUCCUCGCUCAUCCUUAUCUAGACAUGUUCCAAGGGAAGCUGAAGACAGGCCCCUGGAUGAGUUGAAGUGAGGACGCACAAAAGAAGGAAAUGAAUAUUUCUUCAAAACAGGAGUGAAAUGGGUUCUGGGAGGACCCUUUAAAAUAAGGGUGCAGGUAAGAGUAGUGUAGUCAGGAUUUCUAUUACAUCUUCACAAAUACGCAAUGAGCCUUUCCUAACUGGAGCUGUUACAGCGCCCACCAACGCACUGAGACACGACACAGAGAAGUGCUGUGCGUUCUGUGACUAGUUUACGCCUGUGUCCACAGGAAGAAUUGUGCUCCACAAAAACGAGUUGCCCCUGAUUAACUACCACAAGUGACCUACGUUUUUCGGAGAAUUCGAGGAGAGGAGUGUAGGAACAUGCCAAAGAACAGUCAUAGCUAAUACGCCUGUAGCAGGGGAACAGACUAGUGCUUGUUAAGUCACAGACGUGAGCAGCCUAGGGUGUUAUCUAUGCCUCAUCCUUGCCAUAAGUAUGACUGGGUAUGCAGUCACAUUGUUUAUAUUUGUACACUGAUAUUUUUAAAGGGCUUUAGAAAAAUUCAUAGGACCAAAGACUCAGCAUGCCUCUAUAAAUUCACCUGCAGUCACUUACGUGUACGGGAACCUUUGUUUGCAUACAGGAAUUUGUGAUUAUUAUACGCUUUUAAAGCCUUGCGUAUAACAGAUUUAUAUUGGCUUUUUGUGCAUUAAUAGAUCCCUGUUCUGUUAAUCCAUCUUAUGCAGAAAAGCAAACAGUUACAUUCAUGUCAGACCUUACGCUAAGUCUACACUACCCGCCUGAAUCGGCGGGUAGAAA